CUCAAUGAAGCCACCUCUUUCCAUGCAAACCCUAAAUUCCACCUUAACCUUCAACUUUCUCACCUUUGGCACUCCCUACAUUUUCUUUCGUACCCCAUCUCCCCCAUGGAGGAGCGGGUCGCGCCUUCUGCCAAGGACCCUCACUUGCAGUCGUCGAGACCCGAACCCACUCCCAGCAACAACAACGACGGCCUUUCCCUGCAGCUAGCUCCCCCUCCAGGCAAACCAUUAGCAACCUACAUCGUCCAAAUCCCUAAAGAUCAAAUAUAUCGCAUUCCACCUCCCGAAAACGCCCGUGUUGUAGAAAGUUACCGUCAGGCCGCCGUGCAGGCGAAGAAAAAGAAGAGGCCAUUUCGCACGUAUUUGAUAUGGAUUGCCAUUGUUUUGGUUGUGAUUGGUAUUAUGAUAGGCGUAACUCUAACUCUAAUCUACCAUUCUUUUACCCCUAAAGCUCCCGUUUUCUCUGUUUCAAAGCUCCAUGUCAAGCAGCAUAAAGAUGGUAGUCCCCCUACAUAUGAUGUAACACUGAAAGUCAAGAACCCCAAUGAAAAGAUGGGAAUCAAAUACGGGUCAGUUGCUGAUGAUGCGGAGCUAACUUUCUGGACGAAAAAGCUUGGUUUUGGACAAUUUCCAAGCAUGUAUCAAAACAGCGGUGAUUCGAACGUUGUUCAUGUUAAACUAGAUGGACCCGAAGAUCAAUCAGUUCCACCUAAUGUCCAGAGGAGUAUGAAUGACAAAAAACCAAAACAUGAAAUCUCUUUAGUGCUAAAGUUCAAUUCUCCAUUGUUGCUGAACGUUUGGAUAUUCAAGAUGUGGAGCAGAGACAUGGAUGUCAAGUGUAAGUUUAGGGUGAGCACCAUGGGUAAAGGAACUAAGAUUCUGAACGAACAUUGUAUGACCAACUUGUCCAAUUGA